AUGUGCCACCGCAUCAUCCGCACCAUCUGCCCCUCCUGCCUCCGCCCAGCCGCUUACCCCCAGCGCCACCGACUCGAUCAAUGCUUUCCUCCCAAAAUCUACACGGGAUGGGCGCCCGCAACCGCCAUGUACGAGAAGCACCGGGCGGAAGAGGAGACGAUUCCCGAGGUGUGCCAUCGUUGUCGAUAUGCUCGGGGGUGGUGGACGUGGCUUGAUGGAGGUAAAGGUGAAGGUGAAGAAGAUGAGAGCGUGGGAAGGGAGCAGGGAAACAAGAGAGUAGAGGACUUGGAGGCGAAAGCUGAGAACGUGGAGUGGAGCAUGGAAAUGCCCUUAGAGGUGGAGGAGAGCGUGGGUCAGAAGAAGGGAAUCGUCAAGGAAGUGCCCCUGGAAGUGGAAGUGGAAGAGAAGAAAGUGCCCCUGUCCAAGAAGGGGAAGAGGAAGGCGGGAGAGGAUCUUGAUGUGGAGCUGCUAGUAGGGGUCGAAACCAAGAGGCGGCGGUUUCCGUAA